GAAACAACUCAACGGAUUUUGGCAGCUAGAAGGAUGAAAACCUUGAGUAAACUAAAAGAUCGAACAUCUGAUGCAAAAUCAACGGAGAGUGCCUGUCAUCUUGUGACUUCUACUUUACGUGAUAGUAACGACGGAAAUAUCCCUUUUUCCUUGGUGUACGUCGUUUCUAAUCACAAUGAAAGUUGUGAAAAGGCGAUCCUAAUGUCCACAACUUUCGAUGAAGGUCUCGAAUCGGCGAAUGACGAUCAUGGUGAAAUUAGUGAAUUAGUUUUUGUUAAAGGAAAGUCAACAAGAAAAUUACCAAAUUUCUUGCUAGACACCUCUGAGGUGAUAAAUAUUGUAGAUGGUGAAAAUAAUGUAGACCAUGAGACAUCCAAUCAUCAAACAUUGUCUACCUCGAUGACUGAUGCGAAUGACUUUAACACAUCUUCGUGGCCAAUAACGCAAGUGCCAAAAUCAAAUACGCAUUCAAUAGUUACAUUAAAAAAUGGCACUCGGGCAAUCCUCUUUCCGGUUUACACAUCUUCCAUGGGAAAGAUGUUAUUUACUGCCAUAAUUAUUUUUGGCCUGAAUCAACGACGCGCAUUCGAUCAAGAGCACUUGUCAUUCUUACAGCUUGUUGUUUGUCACGUGAGUCGAAGCUUAACACACGGUCGAUCACGCGAAGAGGAGAGAAAACAAGUCGAAGCUUUAAAGGAUUUAAAUAAUGAAAAGAUAACGUUUUUCCGAAACAUAAAUCAUAAAUUAAGAACGCCGUUGACACUUAUACUUUCACCGCUUGAAGAAAUAAUUAACAACGUCUCUCUGGACCCGUCGAUCCUUUCCAAUCUACGAAUGGUCAAUCGCAAUGCUUGCCGGCUGCUUGAAUUUGUGAAUAACUUGCAACAGUUUUCGCAAAUAGACACGAGCACGCUAGGAUCCAAAUUCAAGGAGAUUGAUGUCGUAAAAUGUACCCUCGAGUUAACCUCAAAUUUCGAAAGCGUAGCAAAAUUGUUAAAACUCGAUUAUUCCAUCCAAGUACCAAGCCACGAGGAACUUUACAGCAAAUUGAAGAGUAAAGUAUUUCUAGACAAGGAAAUGUAUGAAAAGAUUUUACUCAAUUUACUUUCGAACGCGUUCAACCACACUUGGAUUGGCGGUGUUACAGUUCGUUUGUAUCCAGGCCAUCAUGACGGAAGGGAAAUGGUGGUAAUAGAAAUCUCAGACACAGGUAGCGGAAUUCCGAAAGAGGACAUUCCAAAAUUAUUCCAGCGUUUUCAUCGUGUCACACCGUGCCAAUCACAUAAUUACAAGGGUACCGAAAUGGGUCUUACGCUUGUAAAAGAGCUAGUAGAAAGGCAUCAUGGCGAAAUUUCUGUAUACUCGGAGCUGGAUAAGGGAACCACUUUUCGUAUAUUAUUCCCAACUGGUCUGAAACAUUUGGAGCAUUCAUCCCGAAAAAAAACUCAUAUUACAAAUGACAAACACACAUUUGAAAUGGAUCACUUGGACGAACAAACAGAAUUGAAUCAUUUAGACUCUUUGACGCAAGAUAAUCAAAGAAACACUGACGCUCAACGCAUAUCCUUGUGCUCUCAAUGUGAGGCUCUACCUCUUGCUGAUAAAAUUCACCAUCGUGUUCUCAUUAUUGAUGAUGAUACCGACAUGAGGAAUCGUCUCUUUGGACUAUUGAACAAAGAGUUUGAAUUACACACUGCUUGUGAUGGUCGCGAUGCUUUAGAGGUACUGAGGAAGCUUCCUGAACCACCUGAUUUGAUUUUAUGUGACAUAAACACACCAAACAUGAACGGUUUGAACGCGCUUAGAUCCGAUCCGGAGAAUCAGUUUAUUCCAGUGAUUUGGCUAUCCACAAAAAUGGGCAAGAACGCUAGCAUAGAAGAAAAAGAACCGGAUGAUUAUUUGAUAAAACCGUUUUGUGCUAGGGAGUUGAUUGUUCGAGUCAGAGCCAACAUUAAGCUCUCGUGUAUUCGUCGGCAAUUAUUAUUGCAGCAAAAAUGGCAACUAGAAACCAAAGAUCUACUAUUUUCUAUAAAUCAAAAAAUUCGUUCUGGAUUUAAUGUAAAAGAAACGUUAGCCUCCGUUGUUGGACAAAUUCAAAAGAUAUUACCCAGCGAACGAGUAUUAAUUAUUAACACUAACUCCGAGAAUUGCAAGGAGUUUCAUCUUAUCGCUUUGGCGUCCAUCUAUCCAAAUGAACACGAGCAUGUGGGAAAACCACUAGAUCAUAUAAUUUCGGAUGAUGACAGAGAGCCUUCGGGCGCUUCAUAUGAGCCAAUUUCGGAGACGUUUCGGAUCCUUCAAUGUAGACCUAACUUGGUUGUGAGGGAAAAUAUAUACUCGAGAUUAAUUAAAGACUAUGUUUCCAUGAUUUUCAUGCCAAUCAGAACGAACUCAUCAACCUGGGGAUGGUUGUUUGCUUAUAGACCAGUAAAUAGUAUUUGGCUAGAUUCGGAAAAAGAGUUUGUCGAACAAAUUUCAAAUCAAAUUGGUCUGGCAAUUACACACGCAAUACUUAUGGAAGAAAAAUUGAAAAAAGAGGCCCAAAUGGAAGCUGCAAGAGCUGCUAAUGAAGCCAAAGGACAAAUCUUGGCUAACACCUCUCACG